CGCAUGCCGUAGCACCCGAUAACUACUUUCCCUUCGUGAACUCGUAUCGGACAGGGGAUAGCUAUUACACAUAGCUUUCAUUUGAGGAAGCUCCCCCUUUAUCACCGAAGGUCUACUCAAGCUAGAGACUUGAGAGGAAAAGACUCGAAUGGUAGCACGCGACUGCAGUCAUCGGAGGCUCAGGCAUAUUCAACCCCAGACUUAUCUACCAAUGAAACCAUGUCUCUCAACGAUCACGAAUAUGCUCGAAAGAGGAAGCUCCUUGAGGGUGAAGUUCGCAGUACGAGAUUCAGAUAGUCCUAUAUAAGGCUCGACGUCGGGCGGUUACCAUAGAGUGAAAAGCAGGUCACAGCAUCCCCGGGAUAUCAGCUUGAUCCCCAGAAAGCUAGACAAUCCUCAGACAAGCUAAUCGGAUUCCCUCGUCCUCAAAAUGCGGUCCGUAUUCUUGCUUGGCCUGCUCGGGGCAUCGCUCCCUGCUCACACCCACCCGACCAACUCCUACAAGGCGGGAUUGCGACGCCGUACGGUGGACCUUAACGCGUUCCGUGUAAAGGAAACCGCCGAGUACGUCAACCGGGAUGCCACGAGUUCUGAUAAAACUCUGCGCCUCCUCAAACGCAAGUCAUAUGUCGACACCGCAACUGAGCUCGUCAAGAGCGUCGCUCCGGGGGCCACAUUCCGCCUGGUCAACGACCACUACGUCGGUAACAAUGGCCUGGCGCACGUCAACUUCAAACAGACGGCACACGGCCUAGACAUCGACAACGCGGACUUUAAUGUGAACAUCGGUCGCGAUGGGAGUGUUUUCUCCUACGGCAACUCGUUCUUUACAGGCGCAAUCCCCGCUGAGAACCCGCUGGGGAAGCGUGACUUUUCAGACCCUGCCCAGGCGCUCUCGGGGGCGACGAAGCUACUUGAGCUGCCGGUUAGCGGCGAGGCAACCGCUGAAGCCGCUGAGGGAACCGAGAACUAUGUGCUCAAGGGAACUUCCGGGGCCCAGAAGGAUCCGGAAGCUCGCCUGGUCUACUUCGCUAAGCCCGACGGCAGCCUAGCUCUGACAUGGAGGGUAGAGACGGACAUCCUCGACAACUGGCUCCUGUCGUAUGUUGAUGCUAGCACCAAUGAAGAAAUUCACGCUGUCGUUGACUACGUUGCCGAGGCAAGUUACCUCGUCUACCCCUGGGGAACCAAUGACCCCGAGGAGGGCGAUCGUGUCAUUGUGGAGGAUCCGUGGGAUCUGACGGCAUCCGAGUUCACCUGGUUAUCUGAUGGGACAACUAACUACACCACCACGCGCGGGAACAACGCUAUCGCGCAGACUAAUCCCAGCGGAGGAUCCACGUACCUCAACAACUACCGCCCGGACAGCCCGUCUCUCAAGUUCGAGUACAACUAUGGCGCUACGUUGACGCCGCCCUCCACCUAUGCGGAUGCUUCCGUUGCCCAGCUCUUUUACACGUCGAACGUCUACCACGACCUUUUGUACGAUCUCGGGUUCACCGAGGUGGCUGGCAAUUUCGAGUUCAACAACAACGGACAGGGUGGCGUUGGCAACGACUUCGUGAUCCUCAAUGCGCAGGAUGGCUCAGGUACCAACAACGCGAACUUUGCCACGCCGCCUGACGGCUCGAACGGCCGAAUGAGGAUGUACAUAUGGACCCGAUCGACCCCCUACCGGGACUGCACCUUUGAGGCCGGAGUGAUCAUCCACGAAUAUAGCCACGGACUUUCCAACCGCCUUACCGGUGGCCCGGCCAACUCGAACUGCCUGAACGGGCUCGAGUCGGGCGGUAUGGGCGAAGGCUGGGGCGACUUCUUCGCCACGGCGAUCCGCCUAAAGCCUGGUGACACGCGGGCGAGCGACUACAGCCUCGGCGCCUGGGUGUACAACAACCCGGCAGGCAUCCGCACGUACCUGUAUUCGACGAGCCUCCAGACCAACCCGUACCAGUACAUAACGCUCAACACGUACAACGAGGUGCACGACAUCGGCGAGGUGUGGGCCACCAUCCUGUACGAGGUCCUAUGGAACCUCAUCGAUAAGUACGGCAAGAAUGACGGCCCGAAGCCCGUGUUCGACGAGAACGGUGUUCCGACCGACGGCAAGUAUCUGACGCUGAAGCUUGUCGUCGACGCCAUGGCUAUCCAACCUUGCAACCCCAACUUCGUCCAGGGGCGCGACGCCAUCCUCGAUGCCGACAAGGCGCUGACCGGCGGUGUCAACGCCUGCGAACUCUGGACGGCUUUCGCCAAGCGAGGUCUCGGUCAAGGUGCUGUGUACGCGAGCCGGGGACGCACUGGAAGCAAUACGAUCCCGGCUGGCGUUUGUUAAGCAACCGAAUCGCAUAAUACAUAUACUGUAGCAUGUAUAGGCUAGGCACUUAGGCACUUAAUAGGCGUCGUUCUAAGCAAUUGAAUGGAGUUGUUGCAGUAAAGGUUUUCGGGGGAGCGGCGGAGCUAGGUUGUUGGUUACGGAAAAGUUCCCUUGUAAAGAUGAGCAUGAGGCUGCAUAUCGGCACCAUUUUUGGCAAAAGGGCUUUCACAUAGGCAUACUCAUAGGCAUGAGCUUGCGCGCGUAACAUUUCUCAUGACAACGUGAUCAGACAGUUAUGCUCAACAGGUUAUCUGCUAA